GCAGCUGCUUGCGGGUAAGCACUGCUCGAAAGCCCGGAGAUCUCCGGGAACGUUCGCACCGGAGACAACGCACGGCGGACCACGACCGCGCACACCACCGCUGUUGUUAUUGUAGCUGCAGUUGUUGUCGUUGUCGUUGUUGUUAAAGUCGUUUCCGCCGCCGCCGUCACGCGUAUAAUUUACUUUCGGAUCGGUUUAGAUAUUUUUUUUAAGAUCUUUUUUCGUCCAAAUCCUCUAGCCGGUUCCGAAACACGCUCGCAAGACGUGAGGUGGACGCCUUCAUUGUCGUUCGACUUUUGUUUUCAGAGUGAUUUUCCCUACUCGUUUUCCGUUCCGACCAUUAUGUAAUCCACCCACACUCGCAACACUGACGAAAUCCUUUUAGGAGUCCUCCUUUUCACGGCACAUCGGCGGGCGCUGCUGCUGACCACACGACGAGGACGAGGAAGACGACGCCGAAGACGGUAACGGAACCACAGGCGGCGGCGGCGGCGAUGGUGACUGCGUGCUGCUGCUGCUACGACGAUAACACCGCCACGCCCGAGUCGCGAUGACCGGCCGCACCGCGCACACGGUGACCGCGACGGCAUGGCUCGUGGCCUGCGUCGCCUUUAUGGCGCCGAUGGCGCCGCCGGACGUGCACGCCGCGUCUCAGGGCGGCGGUAUGUUCGGUGACGUAAACAUAUCGGCAAUACUCGAUUCGUUUAGUUUGAGCUAUGACAAAAGAGUAAGACCAAACUACGGAGGGCCCCCAGUAGAGGUCGGAGUCACCAUGUAUGUUCUCAGUAUAAGCUCCGUGUCCGAAGUACUAAUGGACUUCACAUUAGAUUUCUACUUCAGACAAUUCUGGACUGAUCCCCGGUUGGCGUUCACCAAGCGGCCGGGUGUCGAGACCCUGUCCGUGGGAUCGGAGUUCAUAAAGAACAUCUGGGUACCCGACACGUUCUUCGUCAACGAGAAACAGUCAUAUUUUCACAUAGCGACUACCAGUAACGAAUUCAUCCGGAUACACCAUUCAGGGAGCAUAACGCGGAGCAUUCGUUUGACGAUCACCGCGUCGUGUCCCAUGAACCUGCAGUACUUCCCAAUGGACCGACAGCUGUGUCACAUCGAAAUCGAGAGCUUUGGUUAUACGAUGAGAGACAUCCGGUAUAAGUGGAAUGAGGGACCGAACUCGGUGGGCGUAUCCAACGAAGUGUCCUUGCCUCAGUUUAAAGUGCUGGGACAUCGGCAGAGAGCUAUGGAAAUUAGCUUGACAACAGGUAAUUAUUCGAGACUGGCAUGCGAAAUCCAAUUCGUACGAUCCAUGGGCUACUAUCUGAUCCAGAUUUAUAUACCCAGCGGACUGAUCGUCAUCAUAUCCUGGGUAAGUUUUUGGCUGAACCGGAACGCCACGCCGGCCAGAGUGGCGUUGGGCGUCACCACCGUGUUGACCAUGACCACGCUCAUGUCGUCCACAAACGCGGCGCUACCGAAGAUAUCGUACGUGAAAUCUAUCGACGUGUACUUGGGCACAUGUUUCGUUAUGGUGUUCGCUUCGCUGUUGGAAUAUGCCACUGUCGGAUAUAUGGCAAAGAGGAUACAAAUGAGGAAAAAUCGUUUCCUAGCCAUACAAAAGAUGGCUGAACAGAAAAAGAGUGGCCAUGACACGCUCAGCCAUGCGCACUCACAUCAACAAUCGCGCUCCAGCCAUGGUAACAUGUCCGGCCACAAUACGCUCACCGGCCACAAUACGCUAUCACACGGCUUGUCUAGUCACGGCUUGCCACCUUCCCACAUUUCGAGCUAUGGUGGACACGACAGCCACCCUCGACAUAGUCAUAGUGGCCAUAGUAGUCAUGGUGGCCAAAUUCUUGACAUGGACCACCUACCAAGACAAGCUAAUGUGCGCUUCAAGGGUCACGAUUCAAAGACCUAUCUCAAGGGUGGAUCGCUGGAAAACACCAUCAACGGCCGGGGGGACGACGACUGCAACAUCACUCCGUUGCCGCAGCCGCAGCACGUCAUGCAUCCUAACAAGGACAUCAAUAAGUUAUACGGAAUAACGCCCAGCGACAUCGAUAAGUACUCGAGAAUCGUGUUCCCGGUGUGCUUCGUGUGUUUCAAUCUCAUGUAUUGGAUCAUCUACUUACACAUCAGUGACGUGGUGGCCGAUGACCUCGUGCUACUCGAGGCGGACAAGUAGACUUAUUUGCAGAUUUGUGCCACAACGACGACAAUGACAGCAAUGACUCUAUAAUAUAUUAAAAUAAUACUAUUAUAAAAUAUAACAUUUUUAUCUAGGUUUAGUAUAAGAGCUCAACUACAAAAAAUACUGGAUUCCGAGUAUAUUAAAUUAUUAUUAUUAUAGUAAUUAUACGGUUAUAACAUAAUUAUUAAGUGAUUAAUAGGGCCGAGAAUUAUAUGCCCUAAAAACCAACUAAACAAUAUUCAUGAUGAUAUGCCCUAAAAAUUAACAAAUCAUGCACACAAAUAAUAUGCUCUAAGCAAAAAGUAAAUUCUAAUGUAGUUAUAUAAAAAUAUUUUAAUGCCAAAGUGGCAAAGUUAAAUAUUAAAAUAAUUACUUUUUAAAUACCUUGGUUUUUACCUAAGAUAUCUACUAAUAAAAAUGUGAUUUUUAAAAUAAAAAUUAUAAAUUUUUAACGUUUAAUACUAAAAAAAAUUCACUACCUAUUUAAUCAUCUUUCUUUAAAAACAACUUUUAGUUUUAUUUUUUUUUGAGCCUGAAAAUCAAACACAAUGUUUGUUAUUUUCUGAAAUAUUAAAAAUUUGAAAAUGUUAGUAGAUACUUUAUUUUAGAAAAAUCUAAAUUAUACAUUAAAAUUUAAAAGUAGAUGGAAUCCUAUAAUACGCCUCAUAUAAUAUUACCGUGCAAUAUCGUUAAGCCAGAAACACAUUUUGGUAUACAACUAUACACCAGCUAUUUUUUCGACCAACAAAAAAAAAUUCAAAAUCAUAUAAAUAUGUACCUUAUUUAUAAUAACAUCAUACAUAGGUAUAAACAGGAUUUUCUUCUUUAUUAUAUCUGCGGGGUUUUUUGCGUGAUCAGCUUUCUAUUUUAUCGCUCCAACUAAAAAAAAAAGCACCUGAAAUCAACCUAAAAAAAAACCGCUCUGUAAUAUUCUAUAAACAAAAUCAAUGUCCAAACAAAAAUACCGUCUCAAAAGAUAUUUUGAAAUCCUUUUUCCGAAAACAUUCCGUCUAUAAAAUAAAAAUAUGUAUAGCAAUGUAAAAUAGCAAAAUGUCUACCUAAGUCCUAAAUUAUUGUUAUAGAACUAAAUAAUUUAUUUUAACCUUACCUAACCAUUCAACCGUUGUGAUAAUAAUUAUAUCACAAUAUUUUACAAUGGCCAAUCGACAUUUCGUUUUUAAGUGGCAUUUAUCGUGUGAAUCAAAUGGACUAUGAUUACUUUCUGUUUCAGAAUAAAAUAUUUUAGAAAUAAAAUUUAAAAUAAUAGGUACCUAUAUUAGUAUCAUUAUUAUAAUUAAAUAUCCUUGGGGUAACGGUUGUCACUUCAAGUUUUCGAAUUUCGAUAUGUUUUGACGUUAUAUUAAUAUUUAUUUUCUUAGGGACAUGAUUUAAGAUACUACACAUUGCAGUGCUCAACCAUCUUUUCGAUGUUCGAUAUUAAAUCGUCAUAUUUAGGCCUAAUUACGAUUACAAUAAUUGUUAUCAUAUAACUGUUAAUAUUUCUAAUCCAUUCUCGAAAACGGUUAUAAAUUUAUAUGUUUACCUGCACGUUUAUUCGGCAACGUAUAACAAGGUUUUAUAUUAUGAUAGAGAUGAUUUUCUCAUCUCCGCCCUUCCUGCCAAAUUAACCUUCAAUUUGUUUUCGAUUCCAGCUGAAUUUCAUUAUAUUUGCUAAACAUUUUUAAGACCUAAAAAUUAUAUGCUUCCAUUGCUUGGUGUAAAUUUGAAAAAACAUUAAAAAUGCCUAAAAUUUUUAUUUAUGAAAAUAAGAAUGUUUUAUUACUAUAAAUUCAUAUUUAAAAUAUAUAAUUUGUACAGAUUCGAAGUAAUAAUAUUAUUAUAAAUAACCAAAUUUUGAUUAGAGCUUGAAAAUAAUUGUAUUUUUUUUUAUAACGCCCUCUAAUAUAGUUUCGAAUAAGUUAUAACUCUGCGCUACUAGCUGUAAAUAACAUAGGUAUAUUACCCAGAUAAUAUUAUUAUUAUAUCUAUUAUUUAUACAGCAACCAAGAAAAAUCGACGCAUCGACACGAAACACGAUUGUUGUCUUAAAUCUCCAAUAUAUUAUUAUUAUUUUAUUUUAUUAUGUAAAGUCUCCUAUUGCACGAAAAAAGCGCACACAAAAUAAGUUCUGCGAUGAUAAGUUUAUAGGUAUUAUAGUGAUAUGACUUUUCGACGCUUUUUAAAUUUCGGUUCCUUUAUUAUUAUUGUUGUAAAGUGUAAACAUUAUAAUGAAAAUGACGAUUAUUAUUAUCAUUUAAUAUUAAAUAUUAUGAAAAUGAAUAAAAAUACAAAGUUUUGUAGCGUUUAAUAUACUGGAAACAAAAAUAAAUAAAUAAAUAAUUGAAAAUAAUUACUAUUAAAAAAUUAAUUUAAUGCCACUUUAAUGAUAUAAUGUGUAAAUAUAAUAUUACAUAUUCCGAAAUUAUAUAAUAUAAUAAUAUAAACAUGAUGGUAUUAUGCAUAAAAAAUUAUGUAUAAAAUAAUAUAGUGUACGUAUUUCGGAGUCGAUUGUAUCGUCGACGAAUGUAAUAUCGCUCAUUCGAUUUUAUUAUACUAUACAAUAAUACGUAUGUAUAUAGUAAUAUUAUUGAGAAGAUGAGAACAAAAUUAAACAAAGUUUUAACAGUUAAUAAAAUUCAAUUAUUAUUAUUAAUGUAUUAUUAUUAUCAUUUCGUGUUAUUAUGAUUUUCCUUUCCUGCUGUUAAAGCAAAAACGGUUUUGAUUUCUUGAAAUUAUUUUUAUAAACGACAAAACUAUAUAUAUAUAUUAUUAUAUAUAUAGUAUAUUAUUAUAUAAUACGAUUAAUUAAUAAAUAAUGAAUGCGCGUGUAUAUAAAAAAAAAUAAAACAAAAAAAAAAUGAUUAUAAAAAUUACAAAAUAAUAACGAUAUGAUUAUAAUAUUGUUAUUCAAAUGAUCAAUAUUAUAUUCUAAUACGAUUAAAUUAAAAAAUGCAAAUUGACAUAUUUAUUUUACGUGAAUAUGAUGUAUAAUUUUAGGACAAAAUAUUUUUUUUUUACAUUUUCAGUGAUAUCGUCGCGUGCCCAAUGAUUCACGAACUCCAUUCGAGAAGUCUAGACAAUAUCUCAAUAAUAUUAUGUUCAGUGACUUAGCCAAGAUUUUUUUUUGGGGGGGGGAGGAGUCCUCUAACUACCCUUUAUAUGAUUGGUAUGCUGAUGCCUUAGAUAUUUAACAUUUUGUAGCAACUUUCAUAUAAAUUACAAUUUAAAUAUUACAUCAUACGUAAUAAGUUCACAGAACACUCAGCAUUUUAACAUUUUCCUGAAAUUUCCAGGAUGGCUGCAGCCACCUCAACCCUCUCCCAUUGGCUACGCCAUCGCCACGAACUAUGCGUGAUAUUGACUCCCUACCAUGCGAUAUUUUGUUAUGUACGAUACGCAUUUUUGUGAUAACAUCAUUGAGAUCAAUCGAUAUUCGUCCAGAGUGUCGCCGUCACGAUGAUGUAUCGUAGCAGCUGCACGCCCGUUCUCUAGCAAAAAAAAAUAUGUAAAAUUAAAACCAAACAAAUAAUAACGGGAAUAAUACGAAAACGAUUUGUGUAUUUAUAAUAAUCAAUAGUAAAAGAGAAAACAGUGGCGAAUUAGUAUACCCAUUAUAUAUAAUAUAAUUAUAUUAUGUAUACGCAAUAAUUUAAGUAGGUAUAUAAUAUUCUAACUCCGUAGACGACAUCACUGUAAUAUUAUUAUUAUUAUUAUUAUUAUUAUUAUUAUUAUUAUUAUUAUUAUAACCGUUAUAGGCCUAUGCGAUUUGAUUUAUUUUACGUACACUUUUUAAAAGCACUUUCAACUAAUUGUGAUUCGCACAUUUUAACGAUAUUAAAUAUUUAAAAAAAAUAUCAAAUCAAUGCUACAUAUACUAGAAUGUGUAAUAAGCAUAAUUUAUACGUUUGUACGUACGUCGUAUAUAAUAUAAUAUUUAUACAUUGACGUAAAAAAAAAAUUUGACUUCCUUAGAAUUAAUAACGUAUUAAAAUAAUAAUAAUAAUAUAAUAUAAAUUAAUUAAACGAUAAACGGUAGUUGUUUUAAAAUGUACAAAUAACUACCAUCGGAUAUUCUAAAUCUUGUGUUAGGUUAAUGUGAAUCUAUGAGAAAAAAUAUUGUUAUAAUUUUAAGUUUUUAUGUGUAGUUUAUUGUCACAAGUUGUUUUUAUUUCGUUCUGAUAAUAAUAAUUACUGUUUAUUAUAUUAUAUUAUUAUAAUUUAUAUAGCUAUUAUUACCUUAUAUUCACUUGUUUACCACCUGUUUGUAUUUUCUGUUAGACGAGACGUAAUAUUAUAUUAUUAUGUUUUACCUUCGUGAAAAAAAAGUUGUGUCAACGAUAAAAAAAACACUAUAAGGUUCUAAUUAUUAUUAUUAUUAUUAUUAUUAUUAUAUUAUCUAUUUGGGUGCUUCCGUUCUUUGUGUUAGCAAACAAAAUACAUAUAUAUAUAUAUAUAUAAUAUAAUAUAAAUUAUAUAUUAUGUAAAACGACAUAAAUGUACUUAUGCGCUUACACAUAUUUAUUGAACGCAUAUUAUUCUAUGCGUGUGUAUAUGUGUACACGUAUAUAGUAUUAUAUUAUGUAUAUUAUUAUUAUUGUUUAUAUUGUUUACGUGUCGGUAAUAUUAUUUUAAGUUAUACAUAAUAUCAAAUAUAAAUGUAUAAUAAUAUAAUAUAUACGUUUAAGUACUAUAUAAUUACAUAUAAUAACAUGUAUAUCUGCAGUGUACGAUAAUUAUAGUCUACUAAAUCUCACUGAGCUCAAUAAAUAAAGUGAAGCGAACAAAAACGCCGCCAAGAGCGA